CUAAUUUCCACCAUAAUGAUAAAAGAAACUUGAAUGCCAACCGAAUGAAUUAAUAAAUCAAAAUCCAGAAUUUCUGGUUUUCUUGAUUUUUCAAAAUUAGUUCCACCUGAUGCGAAAUCGAUCUGAAGAUCCACACAUUGGACAUGAGUGGGAAGCGAGGAUUAGCGUCUAAUUAAAGACAGCUAUUUAUACGUUGCCUCUCUCACUUCACAACAGACAAUAUCUCUAAUUACAUAGAAAAUAAACACACAGAUCCUUAACUAUGUGCAAAGGCCAACGCCACAAAUCGCAACAUUUAUAAUUUUAUUUUAUUUAUAUAUGCAUCCUUUUCCUCACGUCACUUAUAUUACAAGGAAACAUUUUUUUUUUUUUUUAAGGAAAAAACAACAACAAAGAAGCGGCUGUCUUUCUUACACAAACGAUCUUGGAGACAAUAUGUUUAGUCGAAAAAAUCUUAUGUUUCUCACUGACAAUCCACGUUUUUGGUAAGUGUCGGUAAUGGAUUGUCCAAAACGAAACCAACCCCCUUCCCUCCCACUGAAAAUGGCCCUCCAACAUACAAGCAUAUGUGUAUGUACAAAUAUUAUUAUAAAAAAAGAGUUCAAAAUUUGUGUGCUACAAAUAUAAAUCUUUUGAUCUUAAUAACUCGAAUUAUUGGCAUAAGGUUAAUUAUCAAUAUUGUGUCGUUCUUACACUGAUCCCUCCCUCUCAUAUGGAAGUUAAUUUAUAAUAUUGAAGUUUGCACAUACCAACCAUAUCUUGCGCUUUAAUCAAUUGUUGGUAUUGAGAGAUCGUAGAGAUUGAAACACACAACCACUUGGCCAAACCAGAUAUGAUGUCAUGUUAAGAACCAUCAACUCCCAAUAACUCAAUACCAUAUCAUAAAAUGUGAAUCUUAUAUCGCUCUCAUACAUGUGUGGUGGAUGAGUACUAAUCUUGUGUUAAGCUCUGACAUUGCUCAAUUAUUUGUCACCAAGGCAAUACAAGUUAACGAUUUUCAUUAAUUAUAUGAAGCAUGAGUAACAUGUAUGAGUUUUUUUUUAUAGUUUGGUUGAGAUAGUUACAAUGCAGGCAUUGUCGUUAAUGCAUCGUUUUUUGGAAUUUUUGUGCACAAACAAUACAAGCAUUGUUGCUUGAUUUGACACAAACUAUCACUCAAAAUGAGCGAUAGUUAAAUCUCAAGUUUUGGAUGAGAUUGUUGAGAUUGUUUGGUUGAGAUUGUUGAGUUUUGUUUUUGUUCCCACUAUGACCCUACUUUAUUAUGUGUGUUGCUUUUUUAUAUUAAAAACAAAGGGUAAAAAUGACAUUUCACUCAAAAAGUAAUCCAACCUAUUCAAUACUAUAAUAAUUAUCACAUAAACCAAACGAUGUAAACUACAAUACACCAAUUUUCGUAUACACAUGUAUAUUAUUAUGUAUGCAUUGAUAACAAUGCAUCAAUUUAACUAUCAACAAAACCAAACGACGUCAUAUAAAAUUCCGGGUUGUUACUUAUGGUAUGGGGUGCCCGAAUUAUAGCAUUACACAAGUUCGGUGAAAAUUGAAAAAACAUAAUUGUAAGACGAUGAUAUAAAAUUUUUUGUGGGACUUUUUUAUCAAAAAUAACUUAUUGCCACAUAAGCAUUUGAAGACUUCCUAAGCUGCUUAGGUGGACAUGGUUUCCAAACAAAAAAUUUAUUUGAUGAUCUAUUUAUUGAGCUCUCUUUCUUCUUUUAAUAAUUUUUUAAUUUUUAUUUAUUUAUUUAACCAAAAAAAGAAAAUUUGGUUUUUUUUUUGUCGCCUGUUCAUGAAGACAUUCUCUAAGAGUGACUUGGUGGAGAGAAACAUAUGUGAAUCAUUCAACAAUUGGAUAUUGCGAUUCAGGUCUCUCAGACCGAUUGCAAUGUUGGAGGGGAUUCGAGUGUCUGUUAUAACUCGACUUGUGAAGAACCAAAGGAAGAUUGAUCAAUGGAAGGACAUUUUCCCACCAGUGGUUCGAGGGAAACUGGAGAAGGCAAAGCAUGAAGCGAGAAUGUGUACUAGCCGCCCUUCCUCUGAGACAAUGCAUGAGGUAUCUGUCGAUGGCAAGGGCUUCAUGGUCGACUUGAACAACCAAAAAUUUACGAGCAGUUGGUGGGCACUAAAUGAUAUACCCUGUUGUCAUGCAUCCAUCACAAGCAUGCGACGACAAUCGGAUCUUUAUGUUGAUGGUUUCUUCAAGAUGGAGUUCGUCAAGUCGGCAUCUCGUCAGCAUCGUUACAAAUAUAAUAAGCUGAACCUGGACCUUUGAGAUAAGAUGCAUGAUGCGAAACAAUUCUUUACGAAUUCUUUUGGCCAAUGUCAACAUGAUGUUGUAAAGUCCAUGCUCCUCACAAACAGAUUGUAAAGACAUCAACCUUAUUUGAGCACCAAACAUAGAUUGGUUCAUUUCUUUAUUUAACCAAAAAUCUUUUUUCUUAAUCUUAUAAUUUAUUUUUGCCUUUGCAUUAUAUAUAUAUAUACAUAGUGUAGACUAAUUCCUUUUUUCGUUUGCAUUAUAUGAAAAAUCAUUUUUUCUUUAAUCUCAUAAUUCAAACUAUUUUUGUUGGUGUGGUCUCCAGAACUAAAACCCAAGUCCCAACUAAAGAAUAUGAGAAGGG